CGAUCUCGGGAUUCAACUUACAGAGCCAGGAGCCAGGAGAUUGAGCACAAGUAAAGCAAUUCAAAAUGCCUGCAGAAAAAGAAAAGGGCUCCAAGGUCCAUAGGCUUUCUCUUAAAGGAUCUUCAAAGCUUGUAUCUGAGUUUUUUGAAUAUUGUAUCCACACUAUUUUGUUCCAGCGCGGGGUCUAUCCUGCAGAGGACUUUACUGCCGUCAAGAAGUAUGGAUUAAACAUGCUUGUUUCAUCCGAUGAUCAAGUCAAGGCGUAUAUCAAAAAGAUCAUGUCUCAGCUUAACAAGUGGAUGAUUGGAGGCAAAAUAUCCAAACUCGUCAUUGUUAUCACCAGCAAAGAGACAGGCGAGCAUGUCGAGCGGUGGCAGUUCGAUGUCCAAAUUAUGAGUAAAAGCUCCAGGUCAAAAUCUUCUAGCAAGACAGCGGACAAGGAAAAUUCUGCUCCUGGCGACGCGAGCCAACAAAGUCAAUCUGAGAAAACCGAGAAAGAGAUCCAGGAUGAGAUUCAGUCCAUCUUUCGUCAAAUUACAGCAUCAGUGACGUUUCUUCCCAUGCUGGACGGCAACUGCACGUUCAAUGUUCUAGUGUACGCCGAUGCCGACUCUGAUGUCCCUAUGGAGUGGGGAGACAGUGACGCAAAGGAGAUCGAGAACGCGGAAAAGGUCCAACUGAGGAGUUUCAGCACAAAUAGUCAUCGCGUAGAUACGCUCGUCAGUUACAGGCUGGCAUCUGACUAGGUUCUGCGGUGGGGAGUAUGGCACAGUGUGGGUAGGAUUUUCUCGGGUUUACUGGGUGGUUAUUUGGCACGGCGCACGCGGCAUCUUGGCAUUAGACACACUCAAUGUAGUCGGCAAAACAUGACGGUAGAACAUAUUCAUUCAGAAACAUUAAAUUGAGGCAUGUGCGCUCC